AAAAGGAAGCUCCUGAGCCGCCAUUUCAUGUGCGAGCAGCUAAGUGAACGGGGUGAGUUGAGCAUACAAAUCAGCAAAACAAAAACAAAUUUAGUCUACAAAAACGAUUUUAAUCUUCGUCUGGCUAUCUCAUUUUGAGGAGCAAAGAUGAGCUACGGAAGGCCUCCGCCCGAUGUCGAGGGUAUGUCCUCGCUCAAAGUGGACAAUCUCACGUACCGGACCUCGCCUGAGACCCUACGCCGAGUUUUCGAGAAGUAUGGCCGGGUGGGAGACGUGUACAUCCCCCGCGAUCGGUACACUAAGGAGAGCCGUGGUUUCGCCUUUGUGAGGUUCCACGAUAAGCGCGACGCUGAAGACGCGAUGGACGCCAUGGACGGGGCCUUGCUCGAUGGGCGGGAACUGCGAGUGCAGAUGGCGCGAUAUGGCCGUCCACCGGACUCCCACUUCGGGCGCCGAGGCGGCAGUGGACCCCCAAGGAGGCAUGGAGGCUACGGGCGCAGGAGCAGAAGUCGUUCAGGCAGCCCCCGUCGGCGAAGACACAGUCGUUCCCGAAGCAGGAACCGCAGUCGUGGCCGGGACUACAGCCGCUCACGGUCUCGUUCCUACUCCAGAUCCCGUUCCAAGUCCCGCACACCCCGCAAGAGCAAGUCCCCAUCCCGAUCAAGGUCCCGCAGCCGCACCCCGGCUUCUAACAGAGGCUCACGGUCGAGGUCCAAGAGCAUGCCCAAAUCCCCCGAGGACACCGGAACCGAGUCUUAGUAACAACAGUUCCAAGCCAGACCCAGUAAGACGGUACACAGGGCAUGGGAGAAUGGGGGUGACUAUCAGACAGCCACAUAUGUUUGAGUUAUAGGAUGCCGCAUUGCGGCUGUCCUGUUAUGGCGUCUGUGAGAGCAUGUGCAGUGCCAUUGAGGCCAUCUCCAUACAUUUUUAUUCUACUAUGAGUUGGUAAACAAACUGAACGGUUGGUGAUUUACUGCCACCUGCAGUUAUGGAAUGUUUGCUCACUAGUAUACUUAAUUUGCUGUUGACCUGGAUGAAAUUAUGUGAUCCUUAAACCAUAGGAAGUCCCUACAAAGUGACUACAAAGUGAUUCCUCAAGGGUGUUGCCCAUGCUAAAAUUGGCUUCUGGGCACUAGUCUGUCUAUGGUUUGAAUAUAGUUUGCUGAAUGUAGGGCACAUAAUUAUGUAAGGAACCAUUAUAGGAACUCUAUGGUAGGACAGGUUAAAUUCAAAUGCAGUUGGACAGUGUUCUGCAACCUUAAUAGUCCUUUGAAUAUUAGUGUUUAGUAACCAGAGUUGCAGUGUAACAGUCAGUACUUCAGAAUCCUGACCCUGGAAUUUUACUUGGUGUUGUAGAGGAAACUGGAAAUGUAAGUAGUGUACAAAACAAAUGUUAAGUUGUGUGUAGAACGUGCAAGCGACACAAAGUAAAGUCAGGAAAUAGAGAUGGAUACCUGCAGUGCACACUGAAUGUGCCCACAGAUCUAAUCAACCGUGUGUGGGUGUCUGCCAAUGUUUUACCCCCAAAUGGUCACAUCAGCUAACAGUGGUUUGGGGUGGAUGUUAUCUGCAGGUCAGGGGUAUAGUUGGCCAAACUUGUUUACAACAUUUAUAAAAUGUGCCAGGGCUUAUAUCAUUUUUUUUGAGAUGGGGUAUAUUUAUUGCGGGGUGCUAAAAUCAAACAUUCGUUUACCUAAAUGUGGAAUUCUCUCCUCCAAGCUGCGGUGUCCUGUUGUCAAACCGAGAGGGUGUGGCAGAUGGCAGUGUAAGAGCAGUUAGUGUGUUGUGACGCGACCUGCCUGAGGCUGUUGGUGGGGGGCGAUGGCGGUUGCUAUGGAGCAGGUCGUCACUGGCGGUGUGGUGGUCCGUGCUGUCAGUUGGUGAGCUACUGUAUGUUCACAGGACCACCAACAGAAUGCUGCUGGCUGUACCGCUCUGUGUCUGGUCUCACUGGUGCAGGAGGGAGGACCCCAAGGUUUGUUGUCCAAUAAAUGCCUGAGUAAAAAUAAGAACAAAUUGAGUUGUGGGUGGGGGGGGGCCUUGUAGUGAGAAGACAUCCCACGUUGUUAGGAACUCUGUUCUAUGCUAAUAACGUGGACAACUGACGAGCCCUCAAUGGAAUGGUUAAAAGGGGGUGUUUUCUAUCCGAUUUUAGAUUGAGAACAGUUGAUUGUCUAGUUGUGUCAAACUAGCAACCUACCCUUCGACCUCCACUAAUGCAGUGGUCUUGUUUUCUUUCCAGAUGUCAGACGAUUGAGACUUCUCGGUGGACGUCGACCAGAGCUUAAGUCUGCCGGUGGACACCUCUCUACGCCUAACAGAAUACUGACCAAAAGGUUGUGACUUGGUCUAAAAUGUUUCAGUUGCCCAGAAAUAGACUACUAUAUAUUUACCAAUGCGUGUAAUGCCGUUGACUAGAGUGAAGGACAUGUUUUGAGGUUAAUUGUAUUUUGUCUCAUUGUUAGUGCAGGUUUGUUGCAUAUUAAUUUGAUUUAAACUUUUAUGAAGUAGCCCCUCUUUUUUUUAAAUUAAUUGAAGCCCUUAUUUAGUAGUCUAAUUCUCUACAGAACGAUUCCCGUACUGAGUUACUGCUGUUCUUCUUUUGGAGAGUUGAAUUUAGCAGAGUUACUCUAAACCAGCAACAUGUAGAGAGAAACCAUAUAAGCCAAAAUUGUAUAAAAAAUAUUUAAUAUUUUUUAUGUAAUUCGCUAACCUAAUUAGGAGUUUUAUUUUUAUGUAUGCAUGUAUGUACACUGAGUACACCAAACAUUAGGAACACCUUCCUAAUAUUGAGUUCCACCUCCCUCUUUGCCCUCAGAACAGCCUCAUUUCAUGGGUGAAUGGACUACAUGGUGUCGAAAGCGUUCCACAGGGAUGCUGGCCCAUAUUGACUCCAAUGCUGGCCACAGUUGUCCAGUUGGCUGGAUCUCCUCUGGGUGAUGAACCAUUCUUGAUACACAGGGAGAGCUGUUGAGCAUUAAAACCCCAGCAGCUUUGCAGUUCUUGACACAAACGUGUUCCUUGGCACCUACUAUCAUACCCUGUUCAAGGGCACUUAAAUAUUUUAUCAUGCGCAUUCACCCUCUGAAUGGCACACAUACACAAUCCAUGUCUCAAUGCUUAAAAAUCCUUCUUUAAUCUAUCUCCUCCCCUUCUACACUGAUUGAAGUUUAUUUAGCAAGUGACACCAAUGAGGGAUCAUACUUUCACCUGGUUAGUCUGUCAUGGAAAGAGCAGGUGUUCUUAAUGUUUUCUAUACUCGGUGUAUAUUGUUGAUUAAAAAAAGUGUCUCUGGUAUGCAUUUACUUAAUCCCCUCUUGUGUCAUCUUUUGUGCACUAGGCGCAGUUGUGUAGCAGUUGAGUAUUGCUGGUUAGCUGUUAAGGUGCGAUGCAGUGCUGAUGGUGAGGUGGCAGUGCAGUGGCUGGCGGGGGUGUUGCGGUGCCCGGUGAGUGCCCGGUGCAGUUGCCGCCCUGCUAUCGACUUGGUGCUGCUGCCGUUUGCCUGGUUCUGGUCUGUAAGAAUAAAUCAAUCACUGCUGUGGUGGCAGAUCUGAUCAUCCCAUCUCUCUCCCUCUGUUGUCUUAUGGUCUCUUACCAUUGUUGAUGUACCAAUACUAUUCUCUUCCUCCCCUCUUUCUCCAUCCCUAGCCUGGUGGAACCAGUCUGAUCAUUGUAUUAUCGAUCAGACUGGUUCCAACAGGUUAACUAUCCUUACCCCCCCCCCAACUGUGCUUUUGUCCUCUGUUGUGAGCUGGUUGUAUCCAUUGAUGGAAGAGUCUGUUAUGGCUCAAUAGAUGAGGGUUGGAUAAAGGGCAUCCCACUAGCUUGAUAAAUUAGUCUCUGUAUUCUUUUGUGAACCCUCGCAAGAUGUCUUGUAAAUGCUCCAGGUGAAGGCUAAUAAAAAUGUCGAAUUAG